UGUAGCAGUAACACGCACCAGGCACCACUCUCAGAAACGAUACGAACAAGGGGAACGCACCACUCAGAAGUUUUGUCUCGCUUUCUUCUCCAACAGAACUCUCUCUCUCUCUUCAUAUAUACAUACACACAUAUAAAUACAGAUAUACAUACAGACGACAUUUUAAUAUUUUUGAAUACUCAGAAACGAUACAGAGAUCAGAAAAAUGAUUCGUUCCAGUGACGACGAGUGGACCGACGUUGAGGCUUACGACCUGGAGUUCCGAUCAGCAGGGGACGAAGACGCUUGGUUCAGCGUCCGAGGGCUUCUCGAAGGCGAGACAUUCCUCAUCAAGUUUUUGGGCUUCCUCGAAUCGUCCGACCUGAGAUUCAACGCCGGCGAUUUCCAGACCCUCCAAGCCGUCGACGAAUUCGUUCGCCGCUUUCGACCUGUUUCGGCUCAGGUACAGGACAGCGAGUGCUCCAAAAUCGUCCAAGGCUUGACGGUCUGUUCCUCAUACGAAUUCAAAUGUGACGACGUCCGUUUCUACGACGCCGUCGUCGAUGCUGUACACCAUGAGCAGCAUUCAUUUAAGAAAGAAGAAGAGUGUAUGUGCACCUUCGUGCUAUGCUGGAAACAUGGUCCAAAUGUGGGUAAUCUGACAUUUGCAAAUAUUGCUAGUAUAUGCCUAAUCCAAUCUGUCGAGCAACUCAAUUCCAGAGUGGCAUCAUUUGCAAAGAUAGCGAAGGAGAAAAUUGAAAUUGCUUCUCUUAAAUCUGGUGCAAUUUCUGAGUCAAGUUUGCUUCAUCAUGGGCUGCAGGCAAGUUAUUGUUUAUGAUGUUCUAAUUUUUUUUAUUUUUUUGGUGUAAAGUAACCCAAAUGACUAUAAACUAAGUAGAGUUGAAAGUUACUAUUGUAUACAUGAUCUUAGUUUGAAGCUAAGUUUGCUUGUUUUGUAGGAAACAGAGCCUUCCAGACAAUUUGGUAGUGCAGGAAGGACAACUGAAGGGUGGUUAUACAAAUGUCAUGAAAGGACUGAUCAAGAUCGAGACUUUGGUGGGGAAUCUUUCAUCAUGAAUGGCACCGAGGAAACUGGCGGUCAACGUUUUAUAUUAAUCGAGAAUUUGGAGAUAGAUCUGUCACCUUUGUCAAUUAUGGAAUUCAUACACAAACAUACUUCUAUCUCACCACUAGCAUAUGUUUUUCCAAGUUUGUCAUCAGAGUCAUUUGCAAGGGGUGCAAUUGUAUUGGAUUGCAAAAAGAAGCAUAAGAACGUAUAUCAGUUUUUAGAUAAUCAUGAUCAUGUUAUAACGUCUACAAAGGGAAGGCCAUGGGUUGUAAGUGAAAAUUCAUUAAGGCAUGGAACUUUUAGAACCACAUUUGGGAGCUUGAUGCCAAAAUCUCAGUAUAAAAUUCAGAAAAAGAUCAUUGAUGAUGAGUUGAAGAUCAUUCAUUCAGGAGCUGAAGAGCACAGUACAGCUGAACGUUUGAGGGAUUUAUACAAGGACUUUGCAGAUCAUCAAAUUCGACUUCACAUGAGGUUUGCAUUGGAUGAAAGGAAGAUCUUGGCGGAAAGCAAGAUCUUGAAGUCAUCCCGCAAUUGUAAGAUUAAACGUGAGCUCUAGUGAACAUGUCAACACAUGAAGAUUGAUCAGAAUGUUCGAUCUCCAAGUCACAAAAGAUGUAGUUUAGUUUGCAAUCAGGCAGAGACGAACUGUGGGCUCAUGCAAGAAGUUUUUUGUUGGUCUAUCAUCUUUGUUGACAUUGCCUUUGUAGUAAAUUCUGCAGCUUAGAUACCCAUGAAUCUAUACCUUGUUAAUAUCGCCCUUUCAAUGUUAUAGUAGCUAGUUAGCAUGACUGUGUUGUUGUUUGUAUGUGAUGAGAAUAUGAGGGGGUUGUGUUUUGUUUUGUAAUUUUUACAGAAUAGUCUGUUUAAAGAUCACCAUCCUGCGUGUUAAAAUUUAGAACCUUUUCUGGGGAUUUCUUUCUAUUGUAAAAAGGUUGGGGCU